CACAUGAGCAAUGGCAGCCUAUGUGGUCUUGAUACCUCUUCUGGUCCUCAGUCUUCAUAAAGUGGUCAGUGACCCGGAGUCUCUGUUUGCCUCAGAUAAACACUCUGUCACUCUGACCAUGAAGAGAAAUGACAGCCUGGACCCAGAUGUUGUCAUAUGGAUCUUUAAUCAAUCAAGUGAUAUUGUCAGGUAUUACCCACAUUAUCCUAAAUCUCGCCAGCUAAGAGUCACAGACCCUUAUAAGGGCAGAGUAGAGUUUGAUCGCACUACAUUCUCUCUGGAGCUGAAGAACCUGAUGCAGACUGAUAGUGGACUCUACAGAGGAGAGGUCAUUGAGUGGACAAAGACUGUUGUUGAAUAUAGGCUUUUUGUUCAUGAGCAAAUAUCUGCCCCUGUCUUGACUGUGGCUCCUGUCCUGUCCAGUGGUGACGUCUGUAACGUGAAGGUGACCUGCACCGCUGGUGACCUCUCUCUGACCUCCACCUGUAACAGCAGCACCUGCACACCGAAGGAGCUGACUGGGUCCUCCAGCCUGGCCAUCUUUAUUACAAAUGAUAUCAUUAUCUGCAACCAUAGUAAUGCUGUCAGUUGGAGACAUGCCACAGUGGAAACUGAGGCUAAAUGCAGACGUAAACAACGUCAGAAACAUACAAUUACCCUUAAGUGACACAUGAUCUGUAACCAUGACAAAUCAGUCAUACAUAUGAUGCUGCCAGUGAAAAUGUAAACGUUGACCAAACAGACCAAAGAUUCCCGACGAGACAAACCACUGCAACUCAGUCUCGUCACCUCGGGAAUCUUUGGUGUGAAUUGGGCUUUAGGUAGCCUACUUGAGACUUGUGAAUAAGAUUUUUUAAAUGUAGGCCUAAGAAUUAUGAGUGUAAUAACCAAGUUAGUAAAGGUGGAUUAAGCAAAUGACUGUGUGUCAGGAUCCUGCACCAAAGAAAUGUUAACCAGAUCCUGGCCUAAACCACAUAAAUCUUCAGAAUUCAGUUAACUGUAAGAUAACAGUAACAGUAAGGCUACUAAAUAUACAGUUACCAUCAGUGAAACCACAGUAUGGCAAUACCACACUUAAUAUUAAAUGUACUAAAUGGGUGAUAUUUUACAGUGUUCAA